GCUCAAUCCUGGCAUAUCCGCUUUCACGUCGCUCAUAACAAAUACGUUGUUAUUGUUGACGCAUUAUCAGUAGUUUACUUUGACGUAAGUUUUGUCCCUAAAAUUAGGUUAGUAAGUGGAGUUAAUUUGGUAACCGUUUAUUUUCUUAGUACGCAUUAAAAAAACCGAAAAAAACUAUCUAGUUGUUGUAGCCCUAUUUUAGUUCUAGAUAAGGGCAAGAGUAAGAGGGAUUUUUACUUUUUUAGGUAGGACUGACUAAGCGGUAGCCUUUUAUUUAAUUAAUAGUAGUACCCACCCAAGAAAAAUCUGACACAAGGCCACGGCUGACUAUUUCUAAGUCUAAGCAAAAAUUUACAGCUUACCAAAUUUACUAAGUGUAAAGGAAGGUAAUUAAAAUAUUUUUACAAAAAAUGGAAACGCAAGUUACAGUUUCAUUUUCAUGGAGUACAGACCAGUUUAAUUUUACAAUUUACAGACUUUAAUUCAAAUUGCAGAUUUCACCAAACUCAAACUCAAACAUAGAUAAAAUAAAAAAGUUGUCAGCAAAUCAAUAAUUGAUCAAUAAUCAAUACAAUUCCCCUUUUCCCAAAUGCUAGAAAAUUUAAAUAUGAUAUGGUAAUCUUGCAGUUCAGGUGCUUAUAUUAUUUUUGAUAGAAUGUCGUAUUAUCGGGUGUAAUCUUACAUGUAUUCUAGUAUUCUUUAUAAAAUUUAGUCCAGACAGUAAUAGUUAGCCCUGACACUAAAUUGUUGUACAGCAAAAACUUUUCUUUUGAUUGAUUUUUACAGCCCCCAUUGGUACAUAGGCGCCAAUAGCGUAAACAAUCUCUCCAUUUUCUUGUUGUUUUUUUUAAAAUUCACCCUACAUUGCUACAUGCCAGUUUGCAAUUUUUCAACUGAAAGCAUAUUCACAAAAAAAUUAAACAAGAAAUUAGAUUUAUUAUAAAUUAUACCAAAAUUAUUUACGAAGUGUCUACACGUCCGGCGCGCCGGACGUGUAGUGCGCAAGAUACACGUCCGGCGACUUGUCACGUGACCGCCGGACAUGGCCGGACGGCUAGUAGUUUUUAUAAUUCCAAACGAAGUACGAUUUAGUACAUCUUGUCUGGUCUUGUGGUAGAGUGGUUGCUUAACGAUAGGAAUGUUUGGGGAUCUAUACCGGGGAUAGGUCGUUUUUUUUCUUCCCAUUUUAAUUAAAAUAUUUUGUAUACCAAUAUAUUUAUAUUAUCAUGUUCCUCAGCAACAGUAUUUUCAUGAGAAGUUUUUAAAUAUUUUGUAGCAAUUGAAAUAAUUUAAAAUGAAAUCUUUAACUUUUAUUGGUUGCCACACUGGCCCCUAAUUUAUUUUAUGGAUUACUGGUACACAAAAAAUAACAAACUAAACAAAAAUGUUUACAAGCCACUUUCACUUAAGUUUCUUUUUCUAUUAUUUGCAUUCAAGAUACUCAGUACAUUAUUUGGUAGAGAAAUAGAUUUUAAAAUUAACAAUAGUUUUGAACUAUUCGCAGUCACGUGACAAGGCUGACCGACACGAUAGCCACUUUGUUACGGCGGUCAUGUGACUUGGUCGCCGGACACAUAGUGCGGGAGAUAGACGUCCGGCGCGCCGGACGUGUAGACACUGCCAAUUAUUUAUUGAUGCUUAAUUUUUCAAACUAAAAGUAAAAGCAUGUUCACAAAAUAAAGUUAACAAAUUUAUAUAAAAUUGGUGUGUAUAUUGGCUAGUUUUAGGCUUAGAAAAAAUUAACACUAUGAGUUCUUUAACUUUCGUACCGAUAUUUGAAUAUGGAUAAUCAAGUGUAUGUUAUUGUUAUCUGUACUACUUUUGAUCUCGUUCCAUUCACCCAUGCCCAUGCAGGAGCCUUUGAUUGGAAUUUAUACAAACCGCAUAUAAGUAUAAGGAAAAAAAGAAUGUUGGCCCCUAUAAAAUAAUGGAACAUCUAAUUAAGCUCUUGUAGGAGUCAUUCCCCUUUGUUUAUUUUGAGAGAAUUAUUUUUGGUAAAUUUGGAGAUAUUUUUACCAUUGCCGCCGCCUGGUUGCUGCGAACCACGAACUUUUACGUGUUCACAGGUCGCGACAGCCAAGAUGGCGGCUGUGGCAAAAUAAAAUAACUCACGUUUCCUAAUUGAAUAAAAUGUUAACAAUGAAUGGAAAAAAUUUCCUAAAUGUAUCACUAAACCUAACCUGAACCCUAAACUUAUCCCUAACCUGGGUUUUGACCCUGAAAUCUAGGAAAAUGAACAAAAACAACAACAAAAAUGUUAAGAAAUAAUUAUAAAAUAACAAAAUAAUGAAAACCCAGCUUACAGUUUCAUGGAAUACUCUUUUACACACUUUAUUUCAGGUUCCACCAAAAAUAAUAUCCAGAAAAUGAAUGAAACACCAUGCAGUCAUUUUCGGAGAUGGGGAACACAUAAAAAUAUUAAAAUUAGCCAACCAAUGAAAUAUUAAAAUUAAUCAACCAAUAAAAAAUUAAAAUUAAUCAACCAAUAAAAAAUUGUCAUCAACAUAUUAAUGAAAAUGUAACUCUAUUAACCAAAAAAUAAGGGAGUAAAUCCAAAACAACAACUUAACAAAACACGCAAAUGACAUCAGGGUGCUAUCUCUCCAAAUUAGCCUUAUUUUUUUAUGUAUUGUAUUAGUAUUGCUGCAGAAAGAAUGUUUAGUUAAUAUAUUAUUUCUUUGGUCGUUUUCUGAGUUUAUUUUUAUAUAAAUUACAAAAUUAAAUUAUUAUUUUUUAAAUAAACAUAAAGUUUUAAUUUAUUGCUUGAAAAAUUUACGUUAAUUCUUUCGAAGAAGUGGCGGCGAAGGAAUAUUUCAACAUUAGCUGUUGCUAGAAAAGCUCAUUUGAAUAAUUAAUGGAUAUUAAAAUAAAAUUUAAAUUUUAAGGCAACAAUAACUAUCCAUUUUGAGCGUGUGGAAAUUUUAGAAUGUUCGAAAUGUACUUUGAAACUAUUCGGAUAUGGAAAAAGGGGUGAUUAAAAAUGAUGUUACGUCACUUUGCUCACUAUUGAUAAGCAUACAAUUUUGGAAAAUGGCUUUGAUAUUGUAUUUUAUUGAUUUUCUUAUAAGUUUUGGAUUUUAAUUUUGUUGGAACCUGAAAUUAAGUGUGUAAAAGUGUAUUCAAUGAUACUGUAAGUUGGGUUUUCAUUUUUAUAGUUUUCUCUCUGAUAGUAACUGUAGCCCACAUUUUUUUUAACUUAAGGCAUAGGCUUAGGAGAUUAGGCUUUCAGGUUCGAUUUAGGGGUUGGGGUUAGGAUUAGGGAUAGAUCUAGGGUUCAGGUUAGGUUGAGGGAUAGAUUUAGGGUUCAGGUAAAGUUUAGGGAUGGUGGCCAUCAACCACUAAAAUUAUGUGUUGCCUGAUUGUACUUCAUUAAAAUUUCAUGUUAUUUUUUUACAAUUUUUUUGUUGAAUUUACAUUUAUUGGAAAUGAACUUUUGAAAAACUACUAUUAAUUUGCUUUUAAAAAAAAAUUCUUUUCAAUUGCUUAUUUUCCUAUCUUUCGGUAAGUAGUUGAAAUAACACAUCCCGUCCUCUACCUUCUUUUCCCCACAUGUGUUUGCACUACUUUUUUUUCUCAGUCUCCAUCUUGGUUACAUGACCCUGACCUUUCAUGUGUGGCCACGGGAAAAAACAUGGCACAAUCUCUAUGGAUUAACCUAAGUUGAUUAGACUCCGUGAAAUAAUGGAAUAUCACUAAAGUUGUUUUUAAGAAUCCAAGGGACAGGGUAUUUAAAUUGCUCCGUUUUUUAAAAUCUGAGUGUAGCAUAUCUAUACUAUUUACAUUGGCUUUCUUAUAUAUUGUAUAUAACUAUAAGCUAAAUCCUAAAUAAGUCAAAUUAAAAUACAUUUGGCAUGAGGGAUUUUCUAUUAUAACAUAUUUAUGUCUUUCAAUGCAAUACUUUAUAAUCAAUAAUAAUUAAAGUUAAAGCAACAAUAAAUAAUAAUAAGAGUAUUAAGAGUGAAUCUUAUCAUUCUGAAAGUAGGGUUAUAAAUUAUAAAUUUUUAACAACUAGGCCUAUGCCUAUCUAUAAGGAGAGUGUAGCCUAUAGAGCCUACUAUGAAAAUAAUACUUAUUUAAAAUAGGUAUACUAAUAACAGUAUCACAGGAAAUCAUAUAUUUUAGCCUUGUAAAUUAAAUAAGAAUGUAACAGGUCUGGCAUAUUCUAUUAAAUUUUUUGUCCAGUUUUGAUUGAUCUUGGAGGUCGUUAGUAAAUUACGUCACAAUAGAAAUGACCUUUUUAGACCCCUCCCCCCUGUCACAAAUUAUUUAACACCCCCACCCCAGUGUCAUGUCACACCUAAAAUAAUUCAAAACAUACAAAAAAUUUUCAUAACUAAACUAAGAUUUUAUUUUAUUCUUUGACAUUUUCCCAUAAUGGAUUAAGAUGUAGUAAUAUUAGAAAACUGAGUUUCAUAUUACCUAUAAUACCUGAGGUAAUUUCAAACCUCAUAUCAAUGUUUUUAAAAUUAUUUAGAUAAAUAUUUUUCCAAAAUUAUAAAAUUUUAGAUUUUAAAAUAAACAAAAACAAGAAGUUUCACUUUUUUUUUAAUUAUAACACAAAAAAAAAAAACCCCCCCACCCCCCCCCCCCCAGCAUGACAUAAUUUGCAAACAACCCCUUGGAGGACAACUCUUCUGUGUUAGCUUUUCAUUGUUUACAAAUAAAACUAUUCUAGCCAUGUUGGUCUCAUCAGACAUUUGGAAACCCACAUACAGAACCAGCCCUAGCAAGCAUUAGACGAUUAGAGUGGUCUAGUUGAGUUGAUGGAAAAACUUUCCAAUGACAAUAUAUUAUUUAGGCCAACAACAAUACGUGCUAGCCUUCUAGAGCUAGUAGUCUCAUUAUUAUAGUCAAUAGAUCUACUUAUUAAUUUAUCAAAUAUGCCAACUUUCUACAUUAUACAAUGAAAACUAGAAAUAACAAACCUUAAAAUAGCACUGUCCCUGGCAUAUUCUCUGUUUCUCCCCGACCUAGAAUCAUGUUUUAACACUGACUGAAACUGCAAAGAGCACCGCUUCUGCUUUUGUCUAUAAGGUUUGCGUUUUGCCCAGGUUUAACAGUACCGGAGUAUAUAUAUCAUAAUUCAUGAUAUGUGAUAAAGUACAUGUUAAAUUGUUAUAUUGUUUGGCUCUACUCAUUCAUUUUAUGGGUUCCUUUUAAUUAAAUAACCUUUAAUAGCUUAUUACUAGGCUAAAACUAAAUUAUGAUUGAGAGGAUGAUCGUCCUGUUAUGUCAUAUAUCAUCUUACUGAAUUUUACUUUAGGGCCAUUUUCCACUUACGUACACCUUAUUGUCUAUAAAAAAGACCAUUUGCAGUGUUGCAUUUGCUGGUUGAUUAAAAGUCUUUCAGAAAAGCAGCCUUUCCUUAGGUCAAGCUCCUCUUCUCUCAAAUCUUUCCCAGGAACAUAUAACAUUUGUGUAAACCACCAUAAGUAUCACUGACACUGGCAUAGCUGUUACUAUCAAGAUGUAAAUUAUUGAGAAUUCAUCCCAGUUUUCAACAAUAUUAUCAACUAUAUAUUUAUGUACCUCUACAUUUUGUCUACUGUUCAUGUUAGGGUUAUCUCCCAGACUGUGCACGUUCCAUCUCCUACAAUCAACAGGAUUGUGUCUGGUGUCUGCUCCCACCAUUUAUGUGAGACUUUUAGAGUUGCACUCUCACUGACAUUAACUUCAAAUGUUUUCACUAAUCUCAAUGUUUCUUGUACAUUAGGUCCAAUCAGCUGUGUUGAUCCUGCUUGUUUUAAAUAUAUUAUUAUUCUUUAAUGGUAAAUUGUAAUUGUAUAUCAACUUUCAGUGUGAAAAAUAUAUAUUUUUUAGUGAUACAGUGGGGUCUCGGGAGUCCAAACUUCAUAUUUUCCAUCAUCCCGUUUGAGUUCCAACUUGUGCAAGUUCCAUGGGGAAAUGAACGCACAAAAAACAAAAAUUUCGGACUCCGAGGCCCCAUUGUAUAUAUAUCUUAAGACAGGGGUAGGCCAACCUGUGGCCGCUGAAACAUUAAAUGCCACCCGUAAAAAUUAUGAGAACUGGAUUAAUUUUUUAAUGUACUGUAAAAUUUUUUAAUUAUUAUCUUUAAAACUUUUUAAAAUUAAUUUUUUUAAAGUGUAAAACUGUCAUACUAAUAAUAAUAAUCAAACACAUUUUUAAAAGUAUCCCUCUUCUUAUUAGCAAAAGGAAAUAGCAUAAAAAGGUAUUUGGAAGCAUGAAAUAGAAAUACAGGACAAUAAAAGAAGUAUGCAUCAUAUAAGAGACUUCCUCAGCAGACGAAUGAAGAAAUAGAAAGUAUUAACAAACUUGAGUGUUCGCCAUUAAUGUUACUGCCGGAAGUUGAAAUACUUUUUUCUUUCUCAUUUGAACAAAGUUUUAAAAAAACUUCCUUACUUAGUUAGUGCAUUUGAAAAUAGGCCCAAAAAAUAAUGUAGCUCCAAAAGUUUACAUUCCUAGGUUGAUGAGUUAGCCUGGGUCUCCUAGUUUAUAUAGAUAUAUGAAUAGUUUUUGUUCAUGACUGCAUGGCACAUGAUUCACAUUCCUAGUUUGAUGAGUUAGCCAGGGUCUCCUAGUUUAUAUAGAUAUAUGAAUAGUUUUUGCUCAUGACUGCAUGGCACAUGAUUCACAUUCCUAGUUUGAUGAAUUAGGCAGGGUCUCCUAGUUUAUAUAGAUAUAUGAAUAGUUUUUUUUCAUGACUGCAUGGCACAUGAUUCACAUUCCUAGUUUGAUGAGUUAGCCUGGGUCUCCUAAUUUAUAUAGAUAUAUGAAUAGUUUUUGUUCAUGACUCACUGCAUGGCACAUGAUUCACCAAGCAGUCUUUCAUUUGGUUUUCUCUUAGUCUUUCUUAAAAGUUUAUAUCUUUUUGUAGUUUUCCAUUAGUUUAUUACUUUACAUAACGGAGGAGAAAAGCACAUACAUUUUCUCUUCCUCAAAAAAACAAAGUUAAAACUAUUUUUCCCAUUGCAUAAUUCUCUGAAUAAUUUUAAUUUCAAUUUUUUUUCCUUCUUCAGAGUUAUUGUUCUUUGACAAGCCCUGAUCUAAAGGACUUAGAACGCAAUCCCAACAGCUGUAAAGAUGUCAGUUAAGCUUUGUGUUUUAAAUAUCUGCCUGGCUUUGAUAGUUCUGUCAGUUGAGGGUCGAGCUUCUAAUCCUUUUAUAACAUAUGACAAGGCAAAAGAAGUGUGGACUAAUAGGAAGUGUAUGUUUCCUGAUCAAGCAAACUUUAAAAACUCCACUUCACUUCUUGAACCGUGUAGUGUGACCAACAAUUCUACAGUAACAGAGAGUUCUGUGGAGAAAGUUUGUGAGGCCUUUUUUAGAUUAUCCAUUCAGAUGUGUUAUGCAACAUCUCCUAACCAAGAAUAUGUAGAUUCCAAGCUGAAACCAGAAUUACUUCAACAUGCUCUUGACUUUACUGAUGAUGAUGUGUGCCAGUAUGCCUCAAAUCUGAAUUUUUCUAAUCUGCCUUACCUAGAUGAGCUACGAAACUACACUCAGUGCAGUCAGCACUGUUUGAACUCAGCAUUGAAUACGAAACCCAUCUGUCAGCUUUUGAUUUCAGCUUUGUGCAGUUUCUUUGGAAAGAAUCUGUGUCAGCCAGGAAAGAAAUAUCCCAUAGGUUAGUAUUGUGCUUCAUAUUGUAACACGUGAAACGAUAUUAGGCAUACGCUGAGCAGGGCCGGCGCUAGGAGGGUGCGGGGCCUUGGGAAAAUUGAAUUUUGCAGGGCCGUUGAUGUUAUAUAUUCUGCCAAAAGGAUAUUAAUACAUGUUAUAGUCGUACUGGGGUCUUGCUGGUCACAAUGGGAGGCGUCAUAACGGAUAUUUGUUCACUAGCUUAGUUUCCGAAAUUUCUAUUUUUUCCUAAAACAGUUAAUUGAAGGGAUAUUAUGGGAGCCAGACUGACCUUCAGACCAUUUGACUAUCAAAUUAAUCCAAAUAUUGUGUUGACUGGGUAAGAACUAUUAAUAGGCAAUGUGCGGCGGUCGCCCACUUCGUCAUCCCCUAGCGCCGGCCCUGCGUUGAGUGUAAAUGUAUCAUAGCGUUUUCUUUCAUUUUAAUCAUGUGGGAUUUAAGGUAGGAAAGUUUUAGCUUCAUUUUUAUGCAUUGCCGUAUUGCCAUUUUUUUCUUUUUAGAUUUGAUGUCUAAAUAUUCCAAAAUUGAUCAGACUUUUAGGAUUGCUUAGGAAGUUAGCUUAAGCGCAUAUAAUUUAUAAAUAUUUUUUUGUUAGUUUAUCUUAUACACAAAAAACCACACACCCCUCCCAUAAUCCUGUGUGGUUACUAUGCACUGUUAACGGGCUAGUUGUAAACAUGAUUUUAUUACUGGUGUCUAAAUAUAGGUAUUAGUAUAUAGCAGAGGUGGGCGACCUUUUUUCCAAAAAGGCCACAGAUGUGGCAAAUGAGCAGUAAAAGUCACCACACUUUAUUUAAACCAUGAAAUAACACAUUUAAAUCAAAUUAAAUUAAGAAAUAAGCCAUUAAAUCAUAUUUUAUUUUUACGCAAAAUUUUAGGCGAUAUUUGACGUUCCAUUUCAUUAAGAAGCUGCAUCAAAUUUUUGGGAUCUAAAUUUUGACACAUGAAUCCUGUUAUAGAUAAUACUGAUUCCCAGAACCAAGUUCUUCUUCUUUUUCUAUAUUUUUAGGGCCCACGAUCAAUGAAUUGAUCAUUAUGGCUCCUAUGUUUCUGGGGGUUUGCAAUGUAACUGUGCAUGGUUUUGAAGGGGAUACUUCACUGGUUACAAGGGCGACUCAGCAAGGGUAUUAUCAACUGGUGUUUGGAAGACAGGAGGCAAUAGACGCAAAUGUGUCAAGUGUAGUCGUCUCAGAGGAGAGGGACGAGUUUCUGUUUAAUGCUGGAGCAGUGGACCAGCCCAUCAUUUAUUUUGUAUACUAUGGAGAGUCUGGAUAGUCAUCAUCCUUCCUCCAAUGGUGACCAGCCCAGUGUUCCCAGCAUGCUGCCACCACUUGAGGUGUUUCUGUAGCUGCCAGUCGUUGGACCGCCUCCAACCCGUCGAUGUUCUUCUGGGUGAAUGGGUCCCAGACUGAAAAUGCGUACUCUAAAAGUGGCCGGACAAAGGCUUUAUAGGCUUUUUUUUCCACGCUUGAGUUGCAGUUGCAUUGAUUCAUGCAUUGAGAAUAAUGUUGAAAACCCCCUUCCCAGUUUCAAGAUUCUUUUCAUUUUAAGCUUACAUCUGAUCUAACUUUAGUCAGCCAUAAGCAUUAUCGCUUCAACUGUUGUUUUUUUUGUGUAGAAGUUUUUUAAAAAACAGAAAUGUUGGCAGAGAAUUCCACUAUAAAGUAGCAUUCAAUAAUUCAAUAGAUACAUUUUAUGUAAAUAAGUACAUUACAUUCUAUAAAUAUGCACAUAUAUUCAAAUCUUUAUUUCUUUCCUGGAUGCUUAAUAGUAAAUACAAUCAUGUUAUUUUUAAUAUUUCAAUAAUUUUUAGUUGUAAAUAAAAUGUUAACUUCAAAAAAAAAAACUAUUGGGUAAAACCGAAUUAGACACAUUUAAUAGAUCGCUUCGCCCACAUGUGUCAAUGGGUGAUAGGGUUGCCCACCCCAAGUCUUUAGUUUUCUAAUUUUACGAAAGUAAAAAUUGCAUAAAUGCUUGAGAUUUUACCCAUUUAAAUAUCCUAUAUAUUACCGCUAUAUCAUGUCACCUUUGUUUACAGCAGAGUCCACUUUAAACUCAUCCAGGACGACAAAUGCAAGUUUGGUGACCUCGACACCUCCAACAUCCGAGAAAAACAACACUUCAGAUCCUACCCAACAAAAAUCUACGGGCAAAGAAUCAGAGAGAACUACUCUCACAGCUGAUGAUGUUACAGAGAAGAUACUAGAUGGUGUUCCAGUAAGUGCAGCAAUUCAAACAGCAAAAAGCGCACCUGACAAAACUACAGCAAAAUAUGACCCUAAGCCAAGUCAAAAACUAGAUGAUGUGGAACCAACAGAUGUUACUUUUGAUAAAGAUUUGGAAGAACCUGAUCCCAAGUCUACUGAAGAUUCAGAAGGUAAAGGAACUGAUGCCAGGAAGAAGAUAGGUGAAUUAGAUGACGAGGAUAUAAAAAAUGAAGAAAAUGAAGAAGAGGACACUGGUAAAGGUAAACCAAAAGGUGAAGAAGAAGAGGACACUGGUAAAGGUAAACCAAAAGGUGAAGAAGAAGAGGACACUGGUAAAGGUAAACCAAAAGGUGAAGAAGAAGGAACAGAUCAAGGCUCUAAGGAUGGGGAGGUUAAAAGUAAAAUUUCUGGAACAGGUGACGGGGGAAAAGCCCAGGGUUCAAGAAGGAAUGGAGAAAAUAAAGAUAUAAACCAAACAGCUGAGGAGGAGGAGAGCAAUGGUUCUGGCCAUUUCCUGGCCUAUUUCUUGACUGCCGUUGUUAUCUGCAUAGCGGGAUAUAUUAUCUACCACAAUAAGCAAAAGGUAAGUGCUUAACUGUAUCAUGCUGUUUCAAAAGACGGAUGUUGAAAAUAGAUGUUCAACAGUUUUACAAAAAUACUUAAGCAUGUUUUUUUUUGCCUUCUCCAAAAUGUUUUUAAAAGAAAUUUCAUAACCAUUGUCUGUUUAUAGAAUAAUCAAAAUUAUUUUAUUGUUUGCUUUACAAAGGAAUAAUAAUUAUAAGGUAGAUUUGAUUGGAAAUAUGUAAUCUAUUUUUUUAAUUUAAAAAAUAAAGGAAUUAUAACCAAAGUUGUAUAAGGAAACUUGUACUUUCAAAGGAGAACCCUAAACUUAAAAUGAAUUCUAACAAAUUGAACGCCUGUUACAGAUAAUGGCUUUCGUCAUAGAGGGCAGAAGUAAUCAUUCGGGCCGCCAGAGAUCCAAAGGUGUUAAAUAUACAGAACUGAAAAGCAACGUUGAAGAAGUACUGCCAUCUUUGGAGAAAUCUGCAACUGCCAAAAAUUUUGUAUAUUGAACAUGUGAGGAAUACGUUUUUUAAUUUUUGAAGUUGUUUCACAUAGAUUGAGACAUCCUAAAUAAGUUAUAGCUGUCUAGAAGUUGUGUCACAUAGAUUGAGACAUCCUAAAUAAGUUAUAGCUGUCUAGAAGUUGUGUCACAUAGAUUUAGACAUCCUAAAUAAGUUAUAGCUGUAUGGAAACGUUUAUUAUCAGGUAUUUGUUUUUGGCUGAUAAAAUGUUAGUCUGUUUUUAGGGGGG